AAACUCAACCUAUCCACUCACUCAAACUCAACACAACACAACACAACACAACACAACACAACACAACACACUUUGUUUCUUCUUCUUCUUCUUCUUCUUCUCUCAUCAUCAACUCAACUCAUGUAUCUAAUUCAACCUUCUUCUUCAUCAUCAUCAUCAUAACAAUAUUCUCUUGUGUUGUGUGUAAAUGGCGUCACCACAUAUUCAUCAUACUAUUCGAUUACAAUUUCAAUCUCUUCCACUUUCAUCUUCAACCUCUUUCUUCACUACUCUCCUCCCGCUUCCACCUUCCCUCGAUUUCUCACCAAGGAGGCUUUUCUCUCUUCCUCCACCGCCCUAUUCUUCUUCACCUUCCAGAAAACAACAAUUGCUUCCUUUCAAGGUAUGUGCAACUAUUGCCGAAACUGGUCAACCAAAAUGGUGGGAAAAGAAUGCACCAAAUAUGAUUGACAUUCACUCCACACAAGAAUUUCUGAAUGCUUUGAGUCAAGCUGAGGAUAGAUUAGUUAUUGUUGAAUUUUAUGGGACUUGGUGUGCUUCUUGCAGAGCAUUAUUCCCCAAGUUAUGCAAAACAGCUGAAGAAAACCCUGAAAUUAUUUUCCUUAAAGUAAAUUUUGAUGAGAAUAAGCCAAUGUGCAAAAGUCUGAAUGUUAAAGUACUUCCUUACUUCCACUUUUAUAGAGGGGCUGAGGGGCAGCUUGAAUCGUUUUCAUGUUCGCUUGCCAAGUUUCAAAAAAUAAAGGAUGCCAUCCAGACACAUAACACAGCUCGAUGCAGCAUCGGUCCACCUAAGGGAAUUGGUGAUUUGCUUCUUGAACCUUCCUCUGCUCCCAAGGAUAUACCAGCAGAAUCUGUUUAAUAAUCAUAAUACAACCUCCAUCCAUCUGUAGCUUUUAUAAGUUUAUCUACGGAAGAGUUAACACCAUCGGAAGCUGUGGUCGAGAAAGACUUAUGAUGUGAAGGUUAUGUGUAAUCUGUAUAUUUACACUUGUAUUAUUUUUUUUAUCUGUUUUAGAAGGAUAUAAAGCAGAAUUUUUCUAUUCUCUUUCAUUCUUGAUCAUUCAUUAGCUGAUUGUAAUCAAGUACUUGAAAACUUCAGUGAAAAUGACAUGUUAGGUCUUAAGUUGUAUUUAAUUGAAAAAUUUGUGCAUCUGUAAGCUGAAUACAGCUUGUUAUGGCUUCA